AUGUCUCGCUUCGUGGCGUUGGCCCUUGUCGCGCUGCUCUGUCUGUCCGGCCUGGACGCCGUGGAGCGUGCUCCGAAGGUUCAGGUUUAUUCUCGUCAUCCAGCAGAGAAUGGAAAGCCAAAUUUCUUGAAUUGCUAUGUGUCUGGGUUUCAUCCACCCCAGAUUACAAUCGAUCUGUACAAGAAUGGUGAGAAGAUCACAGAGAAAGUAGAACGCUCAGAUUUGUCUUUCAGCAAGGAUUGGUCUUUCUAUCUCCUGGUCCAUACUGAAUUCACCCCCAAUGGCAAAGAUGAAUACACCUGCCAUGUGGAGCAUGUUACCCUCAAGGAACCCAAGAUAGUUAAGUGGGAUCGAGACAAUUAA